GUUCAGAACCGCCCAGGAGCUGCGGGAGAAGGGCGGGGCGGAAACUACAACUCCCAGAGUGCCCCGCGAGCAGCUCCCUGUCACCUGCUUUGGAAGCGCAGAGAUGUAUCAGCUUGCAGACUGCCAUGGAAAUUCCUGUUUUGCUUCAAACAGUCAAUGGGAGUGAACUGCCCUCCAGCAUUGUGUUCGCCUUCGUUUGAAACAAACAGCCUUCACGAUGAGGUAGAGCCCCGCCCCGAAAAACACAGGCGUUCAGACUCGCUGAAAAUCCUCCCUUCAGUCCCGAUAAGUAUUCCAUGACGAUGACAGGGAUGAAGCAGAUCGAGAAAUUUCUGAAAAAACAGACCUCGACCCUGACCAGAAGCCGUGUGGAAAAGGACAACGUUUUCCCGGGGACCCUAAAGCGACGGCCGAGCGCUUCCAAAAUACUCCCGUUCCUGAAGGAUGCGGUGUCUAGCAGUGAUAGCCCCAGCCCCAAAGAUGAGUUUAGCCCAGACAUUGGAUGCCUGGAGAGUAAAUGGACGGACACAGAGGACGACCUGACCAGUCCUUCCCUGUCGUCGGGUGAAAUCAGCCCCAAUGGGUCCACGCUCAGCAGUAAGUUGUGGCAUCUCUUGGACACCCCCGAGAACAUUGUGGAGCACGUGCUGGAGGGACUGCUGGAGACAACCAAGAGCAGUGCGGAUGCAGACAUUCUGCUGGAUGAUUUUCUCCUCACCCACUCUGUCUUCAUGCCAACAGACAAGCUGCUGCAAGUUUUACACAAACAGUACUGCAUGAGUGCUUCCGAAAGAGCUGAAAGCUGGAAUGAAGCUUACCCUCAGUUAAAGAAACAGAAGGUUUUGAGAAUCACGGUCGAAUGGGCAGAGAAGUGCAAGGAUCUUCUGCUGGAAGAUGAAAUUGCAGUAAGGUUGCUGAAGGACCUGAAUGCUAUCGCCAGAAAGGACCUGCACGUCUAUCCUAAUCUGAAAGAAGAGCUGACAAGGCUCAAGCACAUUGUGGAUACCGUGGAAUACAGGUCACCUGAAGAAUGCAGCCACUUGAGAAAGAAACAGGUUAAACCUCUGUUUCGUCACUUCAGUCGUACUGACAUCUGCUUGCAGCAGCGGGAGCCCCUGCGUGGUACAGAUGAGAUUUUCUGUCGUGUUUAUGCGAGUGAUCACUCCUACGUCACCAUCAAGAGCAGACUGUCAGCGUCCGUGCAGGAGAUUGUGUUGUCUGUAGCUGAAAAACUUCAGCAUUCUGAAGAAGAGUCCAAGGAACCAGUGCACAAGAACCUGCUGCUGGUCGCUUUAAGAUCAUCGGGGGAGAAAACAAUGUUUCGGUUGGACGAAGAUUCCGUGUUUACCACAUUGGGCGUUAACACUCACCUGUUUGCUUGUACAAAGGAAUCUGUAGAGUCUCUGAAACUGCCUGCAAAAUGCAAAAAGCUGUUCCAGAAAUUUGAGAGCUUAACGGAUCCCUCACGAAACCAUAAAUCCUACAGAGACACCAUCGCCAGGAUGAAGCCUCCACUUAUUCCUUUUGUUCCCUUGCUGCUGAAAGACAUGACAUUCAUACAUGAGGGCAACAAAACAUUCUUGAAUCAAUUGGUGAACUUUGAAAAGAUGCAUAUGGUGGCCAAUGCAGUACGGACCAUGAGGAAAUAUCGAAGUACCCCGCUCGAGCUGGAGUCUGAAGCGGCUGCAAACCACAUUGAGAUUAAAGCGUACAUCCGGCAGCUCCAUGUGAUUGACAAUCAGCAGUUACUUUAUGACCUCUCUUAUCGACUGGAGCCCAAGGACCCAUAAUCAUCGGGGUGCUCUGCAAUGCUCGCCGAUGGCAUUGGAAGUGUAUGUGGCUGUGCCACUGCUGGAUUGAACUCUGUGUGUGUGUGUGUGUGUGUAACCGUGUAGAGCCAUCGACCUACAAAAAGAGAUGCUGUGCCUGCCACAAGUUGAAUGUACCCUACAGAAGCUGACCUCAAGGACUGCCUUUAGACCUAUUCCAGACACCUUCAGUAUAUUGGACUGGUCUGCUACGGCCCAGGGACACUUGUGGUGUGUGCCCAGUGUUCUUACAAGAAUUUUGUGCACUGAUGUAGGACCUUAAGCGGGGAGCACUGAAUGCCUGCAAGCUGUCUAAGACUAUUACCCUUGAAAUGUUCCAUUUAAAGAAACCGUGGGCCUGCAUGUUCAAAGAAUAUUCACUUUCAACUAACACAGGACGGAAACAGGAUGGGUAAGUGGAGAGGGAGUGGGAGUGUUGUGUAUGGGUCUUUCUCAGGAACAUCCUCAUUCCUGCUUUUGUCCAGAAUGAUUCACUUUCACUGAAGAUCUAAAUCAAAUGCCCUCAGUAUUUACACUGCUGUAAUGUAAUAGAUGGUGACCCAGGACAUUGGCUCCCUCUGUUGGCAAGGAGUAAAUCGCAUGAAGUUUGAACUGACUCUGGUGUGUGCCAAUUGCAUCAUACCUGAUGUGAAACCAGGAACCGGUAAUAACACUGCUCGCCUUCACCCCCACCUACACACCCCCCUCCCUAAUUGAAAUAUUUGUUAGCUGUGCCUCCAUUUAUAAGACCUACCACCUCAUUGCCUACUUCAGAUGACAGAACACUGUCUCCUCACUCGAUAUUGAUGGCACCCUGAACUAGGAGGAAAAAUGCAAGAACAACCUGAAGAAUCAAAGGGAGGGAUACACCCCACACUCUUUCUAUUCCCUGUUUUGCCUCCCUGUGUAUUGGGACACUGCUGUUUUGCCCCUUUGUUCUGGGAAUUCACAAAUGCAACACCACGCACAACCAACAGGUAGAGCAUUAUGAGGGUGUGCCAUUGGAGGAAAAGAUUGAGACAUCAGUUUGACACCCAGCAUUGUGCAUGUUUAGAGUUGUAUCCAUUUUUGGUUUGUUGUAGAAUUUCAUUGUAAUAUAAGAUGGAUCAAUUAUUUUUUCAGUUUUUAAUUUCAGUGUUGCAUUUAGAAAAUAAUUUUUACAAUUUUUUCAAUUUUGUACAAAGAAUGCUUUUUCUCAUUUGGAUUUAUUUUGAGUUUACCGGGUGUAGAUAUGUAGUGUUCAUCAAACUAUCUCUGUUGUCUACUUGUAAAGAAAGCACUUACAGAUCAGACUGAAAUUAUGCAUAAGAGAAUAAACAAUUUUUUUAAA